GCACAAGUUGCACUCCACCAGCGCGCAGACAGCACGGCGCACUUUUCCGCCGCAGCCGUGUCACAGAAGUGAAAGAGGAAGGAAGAGUUCGUGCUCUGUAGAAGGAGGAAGAUUGCGAGUUUUGUAAUACAAGCUUUUUUAUUUUUAUAUUUUAUUCUGUUUGGCUGGACUGGAAGAAAUGGCGAGGCUGAGCGAGCACGGGAUCCGUCUCAGCUCUAUGAGCCCAUCGUACCUGGACAGCAACUCCACCAGUCACACGUGGCCGUUCAGUGCCGUCGCAGAGUUAAUAGAUAACGCGUCUGAUCCCGGGGUCACAGCCAAGCAGAUCUGGAUUGAUGCGGUCACUGUAAAAGAGGAGUUGUGUCUUAGCUUUAUCGAUAAUGGCAGUGGAAUGACACCAAGUAAACUGCACAAGAUGCUCAGUUUUGGUUUCACAGAGAAAGGAUCUGGUAAAGGCAGUCACCAGGCCAUAGGGAUCUACGGUAACGGCUUCAAAUCAGGAUCAAUGCGACUGGGGCGUGAUGCUCUGAUCUUCACUAAGAAUGGAGGAUGUCAAAGUGUUGGCAUGCUCUCUCAGACCUUCCUGCAUGCCAUCAAAGCUCAGGCUGUCAUUGUACCUAUAGCACCAUUCAACCAACAGACUAAGUCUUUGGUAAUAACAGAGGAUUCAGAGGCUAGUCUGAGAGCCAUCCUCACACACUCUCUCUUCAAGUCAGAGUCUGAACUCCAGGAACAGCUCGACUCCAUCCCAGGCAAGAAGGGUACCAAGAUACUCAUCUGGAACAUACGCAGGAACAAAGAUGGGAAGCCCGAGUUGGACUUUGAAGUCGAUGAGGAGGACAUCCGCCUGCCAGAGAUCCGAUCUGAGGAGAUGGAGGGGAAAGGGAAGCGGCGUUACUUUGGACCUCACAGAACUGACCAUAUCGUCCCAGAGAUGGAUUACUCUCUCAGAGCAUAUCUCAGCAUUCUGUAUCUGAAACCCAGGAUUCAGAUCAUCCUCAGACAGAAGAAAGUUCAGACCAAACUUGUGGCAAAGAGUCUGUCUAUGAUUGAAAAUGACGUUUACAAACCACAAUUCAUCAAUGAACGAGUGAAGAUUACCUUUGGCUUUAACCAUAAAAACAAAGAUCAUUACGGCAUCAUGAUGUACCACAACAACAGGCUGAUCAAGUCUUAUGAGAAAGUUGGCUGCCAGAUCAAGUCAUCUGGUCUGAGGUCAGGAGUAGGUGUUAUUGGAGUAAUCGAGUGUAACUUUCUGAAACCAGCUCACAACAAGCAGGACUUUGAGUACACCAAAGAGUACAGGCUCACUCUGGCCGCCCUCGGCAUUAAGCUCAACGAUUACUGGCGUGAGAAAAAGGAAAAGAAAGCCAAAGAAAGAGCAUUCCGUGCUCUGGAGAGAAAAAGCAUUGAAGGGACUACUGAGGAAAAUGAUGAGAGUGAGGAGGAGGAGGAGGAGGAAGAGGAAGAGGAAAAAGAAGAAGAGGAAAUAGUGGAUGUGUCAUGGAUUCAGUGUGAGGACUGUAUGAAGUGGAGGGGCAUUCCCACUCACCUGUUCAAAAACAACAUACCUGAGCACUUCACCUGCAGCCAGCACCCUAUCGGGCGCCUGAGGAGCUGUUUAGUGCCCGAGGAACCCGAGGAGCCGGAGGACGAGCUGACACCUAGCUAUGAGAAAACACACAAAAAACAGGACGUUUGGGGCAAACGAAGAGGAAAAUCUGUGGAUAGUGAUAAAGGCCCAGCCCUUCAUGACUGCAAAGAGGCAUCUGAGCCCACCUCAGAAACCACACCGGAUGAAACUGUUAUUACCAUAGAGGCAGAGACUGAGAGCAAAGCUGACGAAUCCACACCAUCCUCACAUUCCCAUCGCAACAAAAGAAAAGCGACAUGGACGAACAAUGAAAUCGACAGCAAAUCACCAAAACGCACUGACUCUGAAAAAGAGAUAUCAACUACUGCAACAGAGUCAGAGGAACAGGUGAUGGAAAAAACUCUGGAAGUGUUGGAGACAAACAGCAAUAAGGACCAGACCAUGAGCAACGCUACGGAAGAGGGUAAAAGUCCUGCAGUGUCUCCUGACACAGAGAGCGCUGCUAACCCGAGUCCUUCAGAGCAGCAAGUGGCACAAGGCCCACAGACUAAAGACCAGCCAAAACUUACCAUUAGCCCCCCAGGCUGGCCUCACCCCAUCGCACCUCAUCCCUCCAUGGCGUGGUCUCACCCUCUGCCACCCGCUCAGACCGUGGUGGUUCCUCCUCUUAGCCGUACCAGCAGGCAGUCCCGCCCUUUGCUCCGGCUGGAAAGUCCAGACCGAUCUGUGCUCACUAGCAGACUGGACCAACUGGAGCGGGAAGCCAAACGCCUCAGGAGGAUCCUCGGCCUACGAGAAGCGGUUGUUCAAAUGAAUCCGUUAUCAGACGGGGAGGUAUCGGGGUCAGCAGGGGCUGCACAGGAUGGGAGCACAGACUCAGGUGUAGAAACUGUGGCAACAGCAUCUUUCUCAUCCAAGAAAUCAGGAUCUCAGCCAGAUCAGCAAAUUCUUUUAAAGAGGAACGUCAGUCCUGCCGGACAGCAGGAAGCUCCAGUAACUCCUGCAGACGACCUGCACUGGAGUAAGACAUUGGCUAAAUUGCAAAGUCAAAACCAAGCUCUAUGUACAGAGCUGAGUAAAGUGAAGAAGGAAAAUGAUGAACUCCAGAGCAAAGCAAGACAAGCAGAGAGAGAGACACGGGACAGGAGAGAACAAAGCACCAAUACACCUUCCAACAUUUACGAUAGCAUUGCACUGGAUCGAUUACGCUCUAUCCGUAGGAACGUCGUGUCUCUCCUCUCUUCCAUCCUGCCCAAUUUGGAUAUGCAGGGAAUCAGUUAUGACACAGGAGACGUGGACAGCAUUCUGCAGCAGAUCAUCCAGGCCAACAACCUCUGAUAAAUAAGCUCCAGGACAAAUGCACAGUCCAACAAGAACUGAUUUCAGUGCAGCAUUUAUACAACCAUAUAGUUGUAAAUGAGCUCCACAGAAAGCAAGCUUAUAUGCAAAAAAUCCUCUGAUCUUGUGCAGUGCUUCUAUCUGAGCUACACAGCAUAGAGCAUGUCUGGGCUAGCCACCUGUACCGAUAACAAGGUUUCUAUAGAGCAUAACGGAGGUCCUGUUCCUGUUACAAAGCCAUCGUAUGUAGACUACCUUAUUCCUUUACAAGCAUUAAUUCAGAACAUACCGCACUGAUAUUAUUCUUACAUAUGAUAUUACGUGUCAUGGUUAACAUUUAAGAAUGUUUGUUCAAGGGUUUCUUCUUAACAAUGUGACUACUUUUUUAUAUAGAUGUGAGGCAGAAGUUUGUCAAAUGAAAUGUUCAGGAACCUUGCAUCAUUUCAAUGUAAAUUGUUGAUGUGUCUCUUUUUUUUAAAUGAUGCCGCAGAAUUUGCUUGUUAUAAAAGUAAGUAACAUUGAUUAGACAGUCUAUGUCCAGUUUUAACGGUCAGUAUGUUGGAGGUUCUACACACACACCAGCGGCUUACAGUACGGUUUGUUCUGUGCUGCCUUUAAAGUAGGUGCCUGUUUUUACAAUAUCCUUGUUAUUAGCUCCAGUUUAUACAUUUUUCAGCAAUAAAAUCUGAGUAUUUUUUGUAAUUCAAAAAAGGAGAACCAAUUUCAGUGUCAACUUCGAGUGGAACUGCGUGGACACAGACACACGUGUCUUCACAUAACUUGUUUAUUUAUUACACAGUAUAAUACAGUACUGAUCAAAGACAACAGAUUUUUAAAAACAGUUUAAAUGAGCAAAUAACUAGUAGUAUGGAUUAAAUACUGUAGGUAUCACUGUGACAGCAAUAUAUUUUAUAUACUAUAUUGAAGCAAAUUAAAAUUAUCUGUGAAAUCCAGGACGAGGAAGUAAUCAAAUCAUAUGAAUGUGCAUGAAUAAGCUUUUUUUUUUUUUUUAAGCUAAUGAUACGGGUUACUUUCACAGUGAAGCAUGAAAAUUAUGAUGAAGCAUCCGUUCAAUGUGUUGAAAGCCAUUUACAGUAUAGUUCACACACACAGCAACGGAACAGACACGUUUCAUAGUAGGGAUAUGACUGGACUGAACAUUUACACAUGCUUAGUAGAAUUACAGGAUUUUAGAAGACUGAUUAAAUGCAGUAUAUUGGCUGCAAAUUAUAGCAGGUGCUUUUUUCAUUCUUGGCUCCUAUUUGCCCAGAUCCAGAAUAACGAAACGACAUCUGACCUCCCACUACCUUCUGAAUCUUUUUACCAUCUUAUUUUGACAGAAUACGACCAGUAUCGUUUGCUCUGGUGAAACGUGAGUAUUCCUGUCAUUUCUUCUCAGCAACCUACCGGUUAAAGCUCAAACAGUACCUGAGGAAUGGAAAUGCAGCAGGACUAAAUAACUAAACAAGCGGCUAGAUCAAACUGAAGCAGGCCCAGACGUCUGGCAAAACACAAAAAAGUUUGGAAAUGAGACAUGUUUUUGCACUUGACAUGAAGAGUCAGGAAUUUAAACUAGGAGAAGUUGGAAUUUGUAGGAAUGAGUGUUUCGAUAUUGACAUACACUGAAAACAUUUCUGCUUAAUGCUGGAAACAAAACUGGGAUGUAGGCACUGCUGUUUGUAAGCUGCAAUGUACAUCAGGAAUGCCUAUUUGAUGGCCUCCAUUAUACGAGGUUUUGGGGG